ACUAUAACUCUAUAUCUUAAUUCAUUCUCCAUUAGACAACACCUCAAGUGCUACUGCUGGUGAUGAUGGGUAGAGCACCAUGCUGUGAUGAAAGUGGUUUGAAGAAAGGACCUUGGACACCAGAAGAGGAUAGAAUAUUGGUGGAUCACAUUCAGAAACAUGGCCAUGGAAGUUGGAGAGCACUUCCAAAGCUAGCAAGAUUGAAUAGGUGUGGAAAGAGUUGCAGAUUAAGGUGGACUAACUAUUUAAGACCUGAUAUCAAAAGAGGAAAAUUCACAGAAGAAGAAGAGAAAACCAUCAUCAAUUUACAUGCUGUUCUUGGGAACAAGUGGUCAGCUAUAGCAGGUAAUCUACCAGGGAGGACUGACAAUGAAAUAAAGAAUUUUUGGAACACUCAUUUAAAGAAAAAGCUUCUUCAAAUGGGAUUAGAUCCGGUCACUCAUCGUCCCAGAAUCGAUCACCUCAAUCUUAUCGCCAAUCUUCAAACAUUUCUUGCUGCAAACGUCAUCAACAAUUUAUCAAACACUUUCAACAUUGCUUCUCCUAAUAAUGCUCUAAGGCUUCAAUCAGAUGCAGCCAAACUUCAACUGCUUCAAAACAUGCUUCAAAUUCAAGCCUUCGGUGCGAACAAUACUCCUUCUACAUCAAACUUGGAUUUACUCAAUAUCAAUCCAUUUGGACAGUAUUCAUCUUCGUCGCAGCAAGAAAGUUUGUUUCAGAAUGAACUUUUUGGAUUGAAUAAUCAUUCCAAUUUUCAAGGCUUUGAAGUGCCUCAGAUGGUGAAUGGUGUAACCAAUGGAUUUGAUUAUAUGAAUUAUGACAGCAAUAGUAGUAGUUGUUUGAAAACUGAUCAAAAGGUUGAUGAACUAUUUGAUGGUGCAACGAAUUCUUCUUCGAUGGUACCGAUGAAUUCGCUUCCGAAUUUGGUUUCGGUUUCACCGGUAUGUUCUAGUGUGAAAGAGAUGAUAGAAAAUAAUAAGGUUAACCAGAAUGAGUGUUCUACUAAUCCUUCUUCAACUUCAACAACCUUUGAAAUGUUAGAAGAUUUCAUGUAUGAAGACGUAAGCGAUGUUUAUUGGAAAGAUCUCUUAGACCAAGAGUCCAACGAGUAAACCUGCAGCCAUAUUCCUAGAGUUCCAUGUGAAGAAAACUGC